AUGAGCAGAAACAAGGAGACCAAACUUACUGACAUUGAUGGAAUUUCCAAGGAAUGGGAUUCAUACUCUGCGUUAAGGGAGAGGCUUCGAGGAGAAGAAGUUGGGCCCGAUGGUAAAAAAAAUCCUGGACGAAUCCUAGCUGAAUUCCCUUGCUGUGCUGACAUCAGCACGUGCUGCAAGCACAAAGAGUUUCUAGAACCAAUUCUGACAAAAAUGGCACAGAACAGUCACCGUUCUGUGCCUGGGAUUGACCAGCUUAAGAUUGAAAUCCAAGAACUCCUGAAAUUGAACAAAAGGGUGGACACAGACUGGGAUGAACUUGACAAAGCGGCCUGGUGCAUACGUAAGUUGGCUGGCUUUGUGAAGAUGAAAUGCAGACGCCGUGAAGUCAGUGCAGAAGAUGUGGACACGAUGCUGGCGAAGAUCCAAGCAAGACGGUUGAAGAGUCCAGAUUCCGUGGCCACUGGCAACAAUGCCAAGGUGGCCAAGAAGAAAGGAAAGGACACCAGAGAUACGAGCGUGGUCUCUAGUUGUGGUCUCACAGAUAUUGAAAAGAAACGGCGAGACAUUGUCCAGAAAUUGGCUGAGUUGCCAGGAUUGCUUGCCGUUGCUGACAAUGUGGAGACCCAACCAAUUGACGUCAACACGAUUCCCAGCCCACCUGAGCCUGAAACUGUUGUGUCACCACCGCAGUCGGCACCAGAUCGCCGUGCCAAGUAUCGGAGAACCAGCAAAGAGAAAGACAAGAAAGCAGAAGAGACAAAGUUGAAUCCACCCAAGACAAGCACUGGCCCAGGAAAGAAAACCGAAGAGCUUAACGCCGAGCCCUUCACCAGUUCGGAUGAGGAGGCAUUUGAUCGCUAUGCCCAUUUGGAUAGCAAACAAGCCCUGGGAACUUUGAGGAACAACAGUGAUGGCCCAUCCAAGACAAAGAAGGCAGAGCUUGAGUCCGUUGGGACUGGAAAGAAGACAAAACGUGCAAAGAAACGUGAGGAGCAACAGGUGGAACCAAAGGAGGAGGAGGAAGAGGACAAGGAUACUUCCAAACGUAAGAGCAAAAACAAGGACAAUGCAGUUGAGAAGAAGAAAUUGAAAGACAAGUCGGAGAAGAAAGAUGAGGAACCCAGCCCCGACCCAGAGCAAGUGCCCAAAACAAUCAAAGCACAGGUGGCAGCCAUUGUUAAGUACUUGAAGUCAAUUCAAGCUAUGAACUUGCCGGUUGACACUGAGACUGACUUGACUGAUGAGAUCAAAGCAAAACUUCGGGUAGAGACCCCUAGCACCGCAGAAGGCAGGUUGAGCUGCUAUUGGAAAACACCUUCGACUGGGGUGUAUUUGAAGAGUGAAAAGCGUGAAUGUAGCAAUUUCAUGAUGAGAGACCAAGACCAACCAUACCUCUUGAAGCUCGGGGCGACCCUGAAAGCUGCUCAUUUGAUGGCAUCCUACUUCGAUGAGAUUUCUGCUGAUUCGCCGGGGGAUGAUGAGCCAUUAUCGGAACGAACUGAUGUGGUGGAAAUGAAAAUUUCCCUCAAGUCAGCAGCCAUAAAGGCUGUACAGCGGGCCAAGAAGAGUCGCAACCUGUGGCAGGCUCGUGUCGUCAGGAAGAAAUGUGAGCUGGUCCUUUGCAUUGUCCUGCUAUGCUGGAGCUACCCAACUCCAGAGGAACAUGACUACUUGGAGUUCUUCGCAGGUGUUGGAAAUUUGACUCGUCAGGCCUUGGCAUGUGGCUACAGUGCCAUCAGGACUUGUGGCAUCAUAUUGCUCACGACUGCUUUGGGCGGGGCAUGGACUCUGGAACAACCUGAGGGUUCCGUUGCAGAGAUGUAUCCGGUGUUCAGAAUGGUUCUUCGUAGCAUAUUUGAGAUUGCCGGCCCCCAUGCAGUAGCAAAAGUGAAGUGGUGGAUGGCCCAUUACAAGGCCCCCACCCCGAAGCGCCAUUGGGCGUAUGGUAACAGUCCUGCAAUCUAUUCCCUUGACAAAGGCAAGUUACAGUCAUGGCAGCGUAAAGAGAAGAAAGAUCGUAUUCAAACAGCUGUGCACUACAUUGACAAGAAAGGGGUACGCCGUUGGAAGGGAACAAAGAAACUCCGAGCUACUGAGAUUUACCCCAUGCCAUUUGCACGGGCCUUGAUCGACAAGGUGGAAGAUAUGAAGCGCACCGCCCGAGGACAACCUGAGCUGCCAAUGGAGGUUGCCAGCCAGUCUCUAGAUGCACAAGAAGCUGAACUUCUUCAACAACUUGAGGAGCUCAACCGACUAGAACAUGCCACGAACGAAGAGAUGGCGACGGAAAGUGAUCUUGAAGCGGCUGGAAAGGCUAUGGGGAUCAAGGCUGCGAAGACGGAGCCGAGUCCACACGCUGGGGACGCUGAGUCAACUACCAGUCCAUCUCAAGAUGUUUCAACCAGUGGUGAUGGUUCUGGAACUCCCCUUCAAGUUGUUGCUACUCCCAGUCCCACAGACAGUAAAGCACCAACCAGUGAUGUCGAUCAAGAAGACAAGUCAACUUCUUAUCGCCCCAAGGGAUUCACUCUGCGACAGUGGCGCCUUCGGCGAGCAGCGAAGGCGAGGAUCAGCCGGAUGCUCCAGCCUAAGUCUAAGCGCAAGGAGUUGACGCCCCCAGACUAUGUCCGAAAGGAAUGGGAGAAUGGAGAUAAGAAUGCCCUAGCAGAUCUGUUGCAGCAGUGCAAUUUUCAGAAGGAUACAUUCUUUUCAGAGUUGCUGAUCAUCGUGAAGCGCAAGAAGAGCUUCCAGUUGGUGAUCGACGAAGGUUGGUAUUCAGAGGAAGAGCUCAAAGAGUUGGGAUGGUCUACGAACAAGAUCAAUGGAGCUAAGACUCGCUGCCUGUCCAUGGCCGACACUCACACCAGGCGAAAUUCCUACGACCAAGAGCUUGAGUUCUGGGUCACGAUCCGGGAAUCAGGAAAACGGAUGGAAGAGAGCUCAUACGAACACGAGCAUUCCAAGAGGCAAAAGGCAGACUCAGAUCCCGUCUCUACCCUUGGCACCGACUUCAAGGGGUUGGAUGCUGCUACCAAACGGGAUGAGGAGGUAAAGACUCAGAAAGUGGAUACCACUUCGGUGAGCAAGUACAUGUGCUUGAAGGACCUGGAGAUGCAAAUCAAAAAGGUUGAUGGGCAGUACGAUCUUUGCAAUGAAGUGUGGGCACAGGGGGAAGUGGAAGGUUUUCAGGGUGACCAGUGGUACAACACCACCGAAAAGAGAAUGAAAGAUGCUACCUUCGUGUCGACAUCCCAGCUUUUGAUCAGGUGUGCCAAAGCUGCAGCUAUCGAAAACAAGAUCAGGAACGCCAAAAAGUUCUACGACAAGAAGGACAAAUCGGUGGUGCCAGCCGUGGUCCCCAAACCGAAGAAGGAGAAGAAGAACAAGGCUUCAUGCGCUGCUAUGAUACGAACUGCCCGUGACUUUGUGGCGGAUGUGGGGGAAAUGUCAGCUUCGAAGUCUGGUGGGCUUGUUGCUCUUUCGAAAAGAAACCCCAAAAAUGGUGAAAGGGAUUGCCAUAGGCUAAUGACCAACCAAUGCCGACUAGCUUUGCCACUGCAGCAACACUACUUGGACUUGAAGGAUGGGGCACCUCAGAUUCCAUUCCUACGUGUCAGAGACUGGAUGCAAAUGAUGCUGGACCAUAACUCAUCGCACAUCCUGUGCGGGUUGAUUCGCCCAGACGCCAAACGAGAGUCUGCUAUCUGGAAAGCUUUCUGGAAUAACUGGGAAAGGCAAGAGCCGAAUCACCCUGUCUUCGCUCGGGCGAGAGCUGGGGAAGUGGAACUGGAGAGGUGCGUACCUCUCCUUGUACAUGGAGAUGAAGGUCGAUCCAAAAAAAGGUUGCCCUUCUUGGUCGUCAAUGUGCAUUCAAUCCUAGGCCGUGGAAUCGAUGUUGGGCUACGCAGCGCAGCACGAAAGAGGUAUCUGAAAAUGUUGCCCAAUUUCACCGGACAUAGCUACACAAACCGUUUUUUGGUAGCUGCUUUGCCAAAGUCGGCAUACGCUGGCCGGAACUCCUAUGUCUUUGAUGUUUUGUUGGAGACAGUGGCGGCAGAACUGUGCCACACAGCAAAUGUUGGAGUGAAAGAUCGGUCUGGUAAACAGUGGUGGGCAUUUUGCCUUGGAGUUGUAGGCGAUUAG